AUGGGAGACGAUUUGAAGAGUGAAAUCACUGAAAGACUGGACAAAUUUGUACAAAAUGGAGAAAUCGACAAACAGAAGUUAACAAAGAAUGUCAGGGAUCGAUUAGUAGAUUGCCUAUUGGAUGGGACGGUUUAUGGCGUGGUAUCUUCCCUAGAGCAUCUACAAGAACUUAAAGAAACGUAAGAUUUGAGAGUUUUUUGCUUUGAUGUUUAGGUAUUAAGCUCUGGGAGUCUUUUUGAUGGUACCUUGAGCAAAUUUUGUUUGAGAAGAGGACCUUUUUGAGGUAUUUUAAGAUAGAAAGCAGCUUGAUGUCUAUAGACCACAUUAUUCAUCAAAAUACUGUUCUAGAGGUUGCCGUUAAAUUUAAAAAAUGAAACCAAUAGCUUUUCUUAAUGUGUUAAAUUGGUUUGGAGUAAAAUACGCUGUCUUGCAUAGUGUCAUAUAAUGUUUAGCUAAAGUUCAUUAUAACUUAUAUCUAUAAUAUUGUUUUAGAGAGCUACUUAACCAAAGGUACCGAAAAGUCAGAGAACUCGCAGAUCAAAAUGACACAGAAUCAGUGAAGAGGAUUGACAGAGAAAUUAUGGUACAAAUUGAUGAGGUAAAGCGGGCUAAUAUGGAUUUAUCUCAUUAGUAAAUGUACAUAAAAACCCUCUUUCCAAGCUCCCUGUCUCUAUCCCUAACUAAGCCAUCAAAUAAUCGUUAAAAAAUUUUAGCUAGUCCAAGACCAACAAUCUAACCUUUGUUGUAUGGGGAUCCCGUUGUUCCGGGCGACGUUGGAGCCGAGUGAAGUGAAAACACAAAUGGACAUAAUAAAGUUUAUUGUUUCGAUAAAAGAUCUAUUCGAGAAAUAA